ACGUGAUUAAGAUCGCGCUCCGAUGACCAAUCACAUAUCGACAACUAAGACUAAUUCGAGAUGGUGGUUUUGUUGGGUUGAGGUAGUUCUAUAAACUGUAUACGUUGGAAAUUGGUUAGUUUACAAGAGUUUCGCUCUUAUUUCUCGCUCGAGAUUGGAAUAUCUGAGUUUAUCUUCAUUAUGGAAGCAAUGAAUAAAACUAUUAAUUUGUUAAUAAAAGCACCUAAUCAGAAAAUUAGUGAUUAUCCACUUGAAUGCCAAAUAGAUUGGACUGUAAAAUAUUUAAAAGUUCACAUAUCUGAAACUUAUCCUGGAAAGCCUGCUGUUGAAGACCAGAAAUUGAUAUAUUCAGGAAGAUUACUACAUGAUCAUUUGAAGCUGAAAGAUAUUCUUCGUUACGACGAGAAAGGUCCUCACAUUUUACAUCUUGUGUGUAAUACCAAGCAGUCUUUAGUAACACCUUUGACAAGUACUGUUAAGGAGACUCAGAACUGUGCACACCCAUUUCCUUCUACAAGCUCAUCUAAUGAAGAUGGAUUAAGACAUAGGACAGGCAUGCAACAAACAAAUCAAAACUACUCUGCUGCUCUGUCAAUGCCAACAUUUCCUUUUAAUCCUGAACAAGUAGCACAGCAAAUGAUGGCUAUGCAACAGAUGUAUGCUUAUUAUAUGACACAAUAUUUACAACAUGCUCAGACUGCUGGCAAUUUUUCAACUCCAAGCUCAUCACUACCACCUUCUGGAUCUCCACAGAUACAUCCCACUGUUAAUAACGGUGCCAAUCAAAACAUUGUUGCGCCACAAAGACCUGCUAACGAAGAUGUACGAAUGAAUGCUCAAGGAGGUCCUCUUCUAGACGACGAUGAUGAUGAAUUUAGAAAUAGAGAUUGGCUUGAUUGGUUCUAUAUACUUAGUCGUGGCCUUGUACUCUUUAGUAUUGUGUAUUUUUAUUCUUCACCUGGAAGAUUCAUGAUUGUUAUAGGAUUAGCCAUUCUUGCAUAUCUUUACCAAGGUGGUUGGUUUGGUGUUAGGCAACAACAAAAUGCUAAUAAUGAAAAUAUCCAAAUUCCUGAACCAAGGCAGGAGAGAGAGAAUAAUCAAGAACAAGAACCACCUAAUCGUUCAACAACACUAGAAAAUCAGUCAAAUCAACAAGAGGUAUCAUCAGAUAGUCAGCCAGAAGGAACGCUAGAAGGCGAAACAGAUAUAGGACAACAGGACGAUAACAGACCUUCACAGUUUGGGGCAACUGCUUGGACAUUCAUUUCAUCAUUUUUUUCAUCCCUCAUACCCGAACAACCCGCUCCCGUAGACAUCAAUUAAAUAUAGUCGUUUGGAUAAGUGGUUCCACUCCGGCCGAUAGUCUGGUCAAAGGACUAUUCUCGGAGAUUUAUAACGUGCCUAUUUUUUCAAGCAAGGAUCGCUUUGCUUGAAAUAUGCAGUAUGUAAAUUUUUGUAUAAUAACUUCUAUUAUCCAAAAUUCUGGAUUUUUUUUAAAGUAUGAUUAUAUAGAUGUAUAAAAGGAGCAGUGAUUAUUAAUAAUUUUGAAUCUCUAAAUAAAAAAUCAGUUUGGAGAUAAGAUUUUAAAAUUUAUUGUAAUCCCUGACUACUUCCAAAAAUCAUUAUUUUUAUUAAAUAUUUUGGUUUGGAUGCUUGAUGAAUGUAUUGAACCUAUAUUUAGCCAAAAGUAUGCUAAUGUAUUAUUUGUCAGUCAAACUCUUCUCUAAAAUUCUCCAAAAAGUAUUUAUUAUGUACCAUAUAUGUAUGGCCAGUCAAAAGUUUUAAUUUUUACUGCCUCUAUCAUAAGAGAUUCUAGUCAAGAAAGGAAUUUCUUUUCCUUAUAUGUACAGCCUUUUUAUGAUUUUCUGUACAUAAUCUUAUUGUUAAUAAACAAGUAUUGUUAGAAA